UCGAUGAGCACCAUUAAAAAUGUCGUCGAUCUGGACGACAUGUUCUACGAGAAUCUGUCCCUCGGACUGGCAAAGAAAUUUGCGGAUUGCAUCCCGCGGAUCGUGCAAGUGACCUGCGAGAAGCGGCUGCCCUGCGAGAAGGCCCAGGUGACCGCGUGGGAGUCCCGCCACAACAUCUACCUGCCGGACGAUAUGAAAAAGUUCUAUCUGUCCACCGAUGGGUUCAACUUUUACUGGAGCUACCAAUACUCGCCAAACGACAUCCGCCGCGUGGGUCACAUCCAUUUCCCACACUUGAUCCAGAUUACACUGGUUCGCGACAACAUCGACACCAUUCUGAGCUCAAGCCCGAACACUGCCGUCACGAUACCGCCCAUCAUUCGCCAGUCGAACUAUAUCGACUCGACGUCCGGCUAUCUGAACCAUCUGAAUCUGAACUCGCGCAGCAAGAUCUUCGAGCUGAGCACCAUUACGGAUCUGGCCAAGGUCUGUCUGGUGUACGAGACGCCAGAAUCGUCGAACCCGAAGAUCUUUCUGCUCGAGAUGGGCACCUUCAAGUGGCAAUUCUUGGCCGAUACGUUCACCGAAUAUCUGCGAAUGAGCAUCGCCCACCUGGGGCUGCCGUACUGGGAGUUGUGCUUCUCGAGCUGUGGACUGCCGUCGUGGACGGAGCAGCUGUUUCUGCUGUUGGCACCACACCUGCUGGAGAAGAACGAGAACCGACGGCUGAAGAACAUCGUUUGCGUCAACGAGAACCCACCGUACAACGUGCUGGAUCCGGCGGUAUUUAGGACCAAGCCCCGUUGUUCUCGCCAGAACCAGAAGAAUCGGCUGAACAACCAAGGAUAAUUGAAACGCACACAGAAUUUGAGAACGACUGUUAGUUUAUUUCUACUACAAAUAUAUAAGAAAAUGCAGAACAGAAACGGAUGAGUUUUAAAAUCUAA